AAUCUCACUCCAAAUUGAACACUCAAUCCAUGGCUUCCGCAUCUCUCUUUCAGUCUCUCCCUUUCCCUCUCCAAAACUCUAAUCGGGCCUCUCCCAAGCCCCCGGCCCACUUCGUUAUCCGAGCCCAGUCCCUCAACACUCAGAACAACCCACCCGCCGCCGCCAAGCAGCGCCGCCCCGCGGAUGAGAACAUCCGCGACGAGGCCCGGCGCGUGAAUGCGCCGCACGACCACCACCUCUUCUCCGCCAAGUACGUGCCCUUCAACGCCGACCCCUCCUCGUCGGAGUCCUACUCCCUCGAUGAGAUCGUGUACCGGUCCCAGUCCGGCGGCCUCCUCGACGUCCAGCACGACAUGGCCGCCCUCAAGCGCUUCGACGGCGAGUACUGGCGCAACCUCUUCGACUCCCGCGUCGGCAAGACCACCUGGCCCUACGGCUCCGGCGUCUGGAGCAAGAAGGAGUGGGUCCUCCCCGAGAUCCACGACGACGACAUCAUCUCCGCCUUCGAGGGAAACUCCAACCUCUUCUGGGCCGAGCGUUUCGGCAAAAAGUUUCUCGGCAUGAACGACUUGUGGGUCAAACACUGCGGAAUAAGCCACACCGGGAGUUUCAAGGAUCUCGGCAUGACCGUUCUCGUAAGCCAGGUCAAUCGCCUGAGGAAAAUGAACCGCCCCAUCGUCGGUGUCGGUUGCGCUUCCACCGGCGACACCUCUGCAGCGCUGUCCGCGUAUUGCGCUUCCGCAGGGAUUCCUUCCAUCGUCUUUUUGCCUUCUAAUAGAAUCUCUCUUGCGCAGCUUGUUCAGCCCAUUGCCAAUGGCGCCUUUGUGUUGAGCAUCGACACUGAUUUCGAUGGCUGCAUGCAGUUGAUUCGAGAAGUCACUGCUGAGUUACCCAUCUAUUUGGCGAACUCCCUCAACAGUUUGAGGCUCGAGGGGCAGAAAACUGCUGCCAUUGAGAUUCUGCAACAGUUUGAUUGGCAGGUUCCUGAUUGGGUGAUUGUUCCUGGUGGCAAUCUCGGCAACAUUUAUGCCUUUUACAAAGGGUUUAAGAUGUGCCAAGAGCUUGGACUUGUGGACAAGAUCCCAAGGCUUGUUUGUGCUCAGGCUGCAAAUGCAGAUCCUUUGUAUCGGUACUUUAAGUCUGGGUGGAAGGAGUUUAAGCCUGUGAUACCCACCACCACCUUUGCCUCUGCCAUUCAGAUUGGUGACCCUGUUUCCAUUGAUAGAGCUGUUCAUGCCAUUAAGAGUUGUGAUGGGAUUGUGGAGGAGGCGACGGAGGAGGAGCUGAUGGAUGCCACGGCGAAGGCGGAUAAAACCGGCAUGUUUAUCUGCCCCCACACUGGGGUUGCUUUGACGGCAUUGUUCAAGCUCAAGAACAGUGGGGUUAUCAAAGCCACUGAUAGGACUGUGGUUGUUAGCACUGCUCAUGGCUUGAAGUUCACUCAGUCCAAGAUUGAUUACCAUUCUAAGAACAUCAAGGACAUGGCUUGCACCUAUGCUAACCCACCCAAGGAAGUGAAGGCUGAUUUUGGGUCUGUUAUGGAUGUUUUGAAGACGUAUUUGCAGAGUAAGGCUCAUUAGGUAGGUUUUCCAAGUUUUGCUUACUCAUUACUAUUUGUUUACUUUUAGGCACUACUGAAUUGUCUUUUUCUAUAGGUCUGAGUGUUGUAAUAAUUUGCUUUAUUAUUAUGCUUUCUGGCAUGUUAGGGUUUUUGUUGUAGAUUUUUCUUGGUUGAGUCAUCGUAGAAAAAUGAAUUGGUAAUUGGUACGAGGAGGAAUGCGUAUUGUUGUCUUCUUAGAAGCCAUCUCCUCAAAGAAAAUAAUCCCAAAUGAUAUAAUUAGAACAUUUUUCUUUCAUGAUAUGUUAUUGGCAUCAAGCUAUGUUGGGUAAUGGGAAGUCACUGUUCAAUGAGAGAAGAAAUUGUUGGAAGGGGCUGCAUUGUUGGACUAAGCAUACAUGUUAUAUUGAAAUGGUAGUCAAUUUAGAUACUUCAUCUUACGCUUUCUUCUAAAGAUGAGUUUUCCUUAGUCAUUUAGUAUAAUAUUUUAUAGUAUGAAAUUUGACUUUUAAACGCCUUCAACUGUAUUUGCUUUAUUAGAAAAGUUGAAUGAAAUGUGGUGUGUUGGAUUGGA